AUGAAGGCAUCUCAAAGUAGGCAGAAAUCUUAUGCUGAUCAGAGGAGAAGACCUUUGGAGUUUGCACCUGGAGACCAUGUUUUCUUGAGGAUUACCCUGACUACUGGUGUAGGAAGGGCUAUUCGUUCAAGGAAGUUGUCUCCUAAGUUCAUCGGUCCAUAUCAGAUCUUGAGGAGGAUUGGACCAGUGACUUAUGAGAUCGCCUUGCCUCCUCCAUUGGCCAACCUCCACUCAGUGUUUCACGUGGAAGACUUGCGGAUUAGAGGAGAUCUUUCAGUGGAGGUUCAGCCUGUUGGUCUUGUUGAUACCCAGACAAGACAGCUCAGAGGGAAGUCCAUUAGUCUAGUCCAAGUCAUUUGGAACAAGAGAACAGGUGAUUCUACAUGGGAAUUAGAAGAAGACGUGAGAAAGUCAUAUCCGCACCUGUUCUCUUCUAGCAACACCGAAAUUGGAGUAGAACUUCUCCCUCAAGCUGUUCUUCCUUCCCAUUCUCAUAAGUCCACUUUAAUUUUUUCUCUUUUCUCUGCAAAUUCGAAUGUUGGAGCAUCUCCCUCUUUAAAACCUAACUGGAGCCUUAUUCUCACUUUAAGUUCAUACAUUCCAGCUUCUUAG